AUGCAAGUCUUUCCCAAUUCUUAUCUCUUCACUUUUCCUAAACCCUUAAACCCUCCCUUUCCCCUUUUCCACUUCCAUUGUAGUCCUCCGCCUCUACUCUUCCGAAAACCACCACCCUCCACCGUUGCAAAGUCCUUCUCCUCCGACGAGUUCCCCGUCGACGAGACCUUCCUCCAGACCUUCGGCCCCAAUAGCAAGGAAUCUAAGGAUGAAGCUCGAAAGCGCAACUGGAUCAAACGCGGCUGUGCUCCCUGGGAUGAAAUCCUCACUCCCGAAGCCCAAUUCGUGCGUCACAGUCUCAACGAAGGUGAAGAGGUUUCUCUCAGUUCGCCGGAGUCCAUCGAAGCGUUCAGAAUGUUGAACCCUAGGAGAGAUUCUGGAGCCGUUGGAGAUGAAAGCUCAGAUAAGAUGAAGAAAUAUCCUUUUAAUAGAUUCUCAGAAAUUGUGAGUGCUGGAGGCAGUACAGUAUGGGGGAGUCCUGCAGAUGUAGGAAGUGUUGUAGGAGGGGAAGCAUUUGAUGUGGUUUUGGACAACAAUGGCAAGGAUCUUGAUGCUUCGAGGCUGGUGAUAGAUUGGGCCAAGAGUGCAGGUGCCAAGCAAUUCUUGUUCAUCAGUAGUGCCGGAAUCUACAAACCAACGGAUGAACCUCCUCAUGUUGAAGGGGAUGCUGUAAAAGCAGAUGCUGGUCAUGUUGGAGUUGAGAAAUACAUUGAAGAAACUUUUGACAGUUGGGCACUAGACCAAGAUUAUUACCCUGGUAGGAGGAAAAGAGGCAAGGACUACAAAGAGGGCAUGUACGAGUUACCAUUCUAUUAUCCUGGUCAAGUAAACUACUCAUCAAUUCUUAAGUCAUAUUCCUUAUGGAUUAUAUUUUAUUGUUGUUGUGAAGAAACUGAUUUCAUAUGGCAGGCUUGGGAUAGUCUUCGGUAG